AUGGUGGAUGAGGAAGCGAAACCGGAGAGGCAGCCGGGUCCCUGCGCAGAGCGGGUGGCCGGCACGUGUCCCGGGGCUGUCUGGAGGGAAAAGCUCCUGGCGGAGCACUGCGGGUCUGGAUUGGGCCACAAAGCCGCCCUCUCCACGCUCUCCAUCCUGGUGGCCCUGCUGAUCGCCGGCCAGGCUGUCACCGUCUACUUCGUCUACCAGCAGAAUGGGCAGAUCAGCAAGCUGACCAAGACCUCCCAGACCCUGCAGCUGGAGGCACUGCAGAGGAAGCUGCCUGCCAGUGCCAAGCCGGUGAGCAAGAUGAAGCUGGCCAUGGUGAACACGCCCCUGACCAUGCGGGUCCUGCCCCUCGGCCCCUCUGUAGACAGCCUGGAGAUGGGCCCCCCUAGCAACAAAACCGAGGACCAAGUGAAGCACCUGCUGCUGCAAGCGGACCCCAGGAAGAUGUUUCCGGAGCUGAAGAACAACCUGAUGGACAACCUGAAGAGCCUGAAGAGCACCAUGUCUGAUGCAGACUGGAAGUCCUUUGAAUCCUGGAUGCACAAGUGGCUGCUGUUCGAAAUGGCCAAGAACCCCAAGACAGAGCAUAAGGAGAUCCCGGCGGAGAAAGUGCAAACUAAGUGCCAGGCGGAGGCCAACGCUGGGGGCGUGCGGCCAGGCCGCUUCCGCCCGCAGUGCGACGGGAACGGCGACUACCUGCCCAAGCAGUGCAAUGCCUCCACGGGCUACUGCUGGUGCUCCUACAAAAAUGGCACCAGGAUUGAGGGCACUGCCACUCGGGAAAAGCUGGACUGCCCCGCCAUCGCUUCUGCCCCCACCGCGGAGCCGGAGGAGGUGAUCUUCUCUGGGGUGGACAUGCUCAAGCUGGGUGCGGAGAAAGCCAAGUAGAAGAGGACACCAGAGGACACCAGCGGAUGCCCAUCCCCUCUUCAGCACCCCAGCUCCCUUGGGUUUUGGGUUUUUUUCUUUUUGCUCUGUUACAUUUCUGCUCUUACUUCUGCUUUCCUGAGUUGUUUAACAGCGGGCACCCCUGCACACUCCUGCCCCUCGAGGCACCGGUUGUGAGCCCUCCCCUGCUCCAGGGCACCAGACGGGGCUGCAGCUGCCACCAGGAUCAGUGCUAGAGCCAAAGUGUUCCCUCAGAGGGUGGGUAAAGCAGGCUGGGCAGCGAUUUCAACCGUGCCAGACCCAUAAACCCCGUUCCCUUUUGCUCAUCAGCACCCUGCAGCACCUGGGCAGCGGCAGACCCAGAGCUCACCCCUGCUGAAGAACGAGCCACUAAUGCUUUCUUACACUGAACCAACAUUAAAAGCAGCAAAACAACCUCCACCAGCUUCUUAACUGACACCCUCCUCCCACCCCCGUAGGUUGAAGCCCCCUUAGGUUACCAGAGUAGAAGGUUUUGCUCGUGGAGCGCUCAGGUUUGUAGAGGUAGAUGCUCACCUUCAGCUUGCGCCUUCUGGCUGGAGAACAGCCGCAGCAGUGGGUAACAGCAGGCAGAGGAGCUGACCCUGGAGUCAGAGGGGCUUCUCAUUUCUCUGAAUACAUCUGAUAGUUCUUUUAUAAAUGACCUCACAAGCAAAUUAUUUCAAAUAAACUUUUGAAUAAGAAAGCCUUGUAAGCAACUCAAG